UGCAAAGGACUGAAAAUUUUUGAUGAAGGGCCUUUACCUGAAAUGUCAACUAGACUGACUUUUGGGCUGCUGAUGAGGCAUUCUGAUCAGUUGGAAGAGAAAAGGGGCUGGAGGCCAAGUAUUGGCCUUUGAGAAAUGUCACAUAGAUUUGUUUUUGGAUUUUUCUUGCAGUUGCCCAAUGCAAUUUUUCUUUCAGGUGAUCGGCUCUGCCAAAAUGUUCUUUUGCAUUGAAAGGUUUGAUGCCCACAUUAACUAAGAGUGAUCUGCUGGGGUCAUAGAAAAGAAGAGCAUUUGUUGAGGGAAAUUUUGACCAGCAUGGAUAAGCCCAGAAUAGAGUCUGUGUGGCAGCGUCCAUAUGUGAACAUCUUCAAACACUUCAAAUUGGAAGAAUGGAAGAAAUCAGCAAAAGAAGGGGAUGUCACAGCUGUUAUGGAUAAAACCCUGAAGUGCACGGUGUAUCGUAUCAGAGGCCCCAUCCCUCCUGGUAACUACAUUCAGUUACCAAAAACUAGCACUCAAUCCCUUGGACUAGUUGGUCGCUACGUCUAUCUCCUCUUCAAACCAAUUGUAUCCAAAUACUUUGUGGUUCACUUUGAUACAGUCACUGAGGGGAGUCAAGUCAUUCGGAUUUCAUUCUCCAACCUCUUCAAGGAGUUCAAAUCCACAGCCACGUGGCUCCAGUUCCCCUUUGUUUGUGGUGCUGUGGAAGGCUCUGUGUAUAAUACCACUGCAAAGACUGCAAAGCAAGACCUGGUAGGCCUUGCACCUCCUGGUGUGAAGUGGACAUGCCUGAUGAUGGACCUGCAGUAUCUUCUGUCAUUUUAUCUGAACCGACACUACAGCCAUCUGAAGAGUAUUAAGCUCUGCUCCAAUAUGUUUGUUAAGAAUAUAUUCACCAGUGACCUGGUAUUUGAGCCAAGUGUGACCGCCUUCAAGGUCAAGCGGGCAGGACUGGUGCUGCAUGAUGUCUCCCCAAUGCCACGAGAAAUGGCUUUCCUGGUUCCCAAAGGAGAAAAUUGGCAUGACAUUUAUGAUUAUAUCAGGUUCCCAUCAGAUGGAGUUAAGAUGCCAUUCGACUCCAUUCAAAAGGGACAGUCCAGCCCACACAAAAAAGGACACCCAACACAUUGCACUCCCAUUAGAGCAAAUCCACACACUGUGAGUGUCAGUAAGGCAGUCCAAGACCGAGUUUCCCUCAUCCAGCAAAUUACCAGCCCAGAGACGGCACCUUGUAGACGGAGAUCUUCUCGGAUCAUUACGAGCAUCCCAGAAAUACACUUGGAUACAACUGUAUCGCCCCAUCAUGACAAAGAUAACAGAGAACAUGGGGAUCAAACCACAGCUAAAAGUGAUGAAUGUAUGAAAGUGGCUCCAGUGGAUGAUGGUGGAAUUCAUGUUUUUGCAGGUCAAAGUGGUAGAGUUGCAGUCCAAAAGUGUAGCAGUGAUACAGAGGAGCCUGUACGCACCAAGGUUCCUUCACCUACUAGGCUUCUUUGUCAGAAGUUCAAAGACCCUAAGGGGCUGCAGCCAGACCCUAUACUAAAACUAAAGAAGAUUAUUGGAUAUGGAGGGUGCACUGUGAAAUGUGCAGCAUGGACUAAAUCUGGAUCAGCUGUGGCCUACCCUUGUCAUGCCAUAGUUGUGGUGAUGGAAAUUGACACCGGACAGCAGAGAUUUUUCAUUGGACAUACAGACAAGGUUUCUGCUUUGUCCUUUAAUGGCAACUCAACACUACUCGCGUCAGCACAGACUGGGAAUGUGAGCCUGGUCAGAGUCUGGAACUUCAACAAAGGGAAUUGCCUGGCAAUGUUCAAAACCCACAUACAUUCAGUGUCAUCGCUCAGUUUUUCUUUCAGUGGAAGAGUUCUCUGUGGCGUGGGCAAGGACAGUCGUGGUAAAACAAUGGUUGUGGUUUGGAACACAGCAAAAGUGAAUCAGGAUGGUGAAGUAAUGGUGUUGGCAAAAGCUCACACUGAAGUCGACAUUCAGGUGAUGAAAAUAGCUUCUUUUGAUGACACCAGGAUGGUGUCAUGUGGAAGAGAUAAUAUUCGCCUGUGGCGUGUUCGAAGUCGGGCAUUGCGAUCUUGCCCAGUAAACCUGGGUGAAUAUCAUUGUUUGGAAUUUACAGAUGUAGCGUUUGAAGAAGGGCAUCUGGCUGACAAAGACCCUGCUGACCGAAUGCUCUUUGCAUGCAGUAAAAGUGGGCACAUCAUCGAAAUCGACUAUAAAAAUGUUGUGAUUAAGAAUGCACGUCGCUUGUUUCCCUCACAGCAAAAGCAUUCACACCAACGGGAAAUGGUUAAUUCAGGUGCUGGUAUUGCCAUCAAUAGUAUUAGUGUUUCUGCUGCUUUCUGUGCCACAGGAUCUGAUGAUGGUUACUUGCGUCUCUGGCCUUUGGAUUUCUCCACUGUCUUUCUUGAAGCAGAGCACGAAAGUGGUGUCAGCUUUGUAAACAUCGACCCUAAUGGACUGAAAGUGCUUGCAGCAACCACUACAGGUAACCUAGGAUACCUGGAUAUACCCAGCAGAGGUUAUACCACACUAAUGAGAUCACAUACAAACAGAAUUCUGGCUUUCUCAGUGGAUGGAAUAAGGAGACAUCUUGUUACUGCAUCUGAAGACUGCACCAUCCGUUUGUGGGACCUAGAUUCUAUGCAACAGUUAUAUGACUUUGUAAGUGCUGAAGAGACUCCGUGUGCUGUGACAUUUCACCCUACACAGCAGAUUUUUGCUUGUGGAUUCAGCAGUGGAGUAGUAAGAAUUUUUAAUGUGGGGAAUUCCAGUCUCCUGACUGAACAGAGGCAGCACAGAGGACAGGUGAUUGGACUUGUGUUUUCCCCCAAAGGAGAGUAUAUGUACAGUGCUGGGUCUCUGGGUUCGUUGGCUCUGUACAAUGCAACUGAGGAGGAUCACCAUGUUAUCAGGAUCUUGGGUAAUGUUGUGGCAAGAGGCAGUCAUCAUGGUCCAGAUGCACUGACAGUGAGCAGUGAUAGCCGUUACUUGGCUUUUGUGGGCCCAUCUGAAUACAUAGUCACUGUGAUGGAUGCUCGCUCACUAGAUGAGAUAAUGCUUGUUGAUGUCAGUAUUUUGGACCUGGAGACAACCACCCUUGACACUGCUGUCAAAGUCUGCUAUCCAUCUGCUGCAAUCAGCCAGCUGCUAGUGACUACCUCCUCUAAUAAGAUACUGUGGCUGAACGCAAGGACUGGGAAACUGAUUCGAGAGGUUUGUAAUAUACACAAAACGGUCUCUUCAUCUUUAGCUGUGAGUGAGGACAUUCGGUAUCUACUGACCACUGGAGAGAAGGUCAUUAAAAUCUGGGAUUACCAUAUGAAACAAGAUAUUAAUUUCCAGGUGUUCAUUGGUCACUCUGAAACAAUUCAGCAAGCUGCAUUCACUCCAGACCAGCUAAGUGUAAUCAGUGUGGGUGAUGCAAUAUUUGUUUGGGAUUUUCUUGCUUCCGUCCUAGACCAGGAGACCAACCUUCCCUCAAUUCAGCCAUUUGCCCUUCAUGAACCUGAUGCUCCCUCAAUUGCAGAGGGCAGUGAGCUGUUCCAAAACAAUGGGAUGCCUCGCCAGUCAGUGCCAGUCCCCAUCUCCUCCCCACCGCAGCUCAGUGUCAAUGCUAUUGAAAGAACUGAACAGGAUGUGUUUUUGUCUGAUGCCGAGAAUAAGGAUGACCACAGUCAGAAAGAUGACUCAAUCGCCGUUAAAGAACUUGGAGACUCAUUUCUGCAAGUACAUGAAAACUUGCAUUGCGGGGAGGAUGUGUCACCUUUUUUGAGGCCUGUUUCUCUUCAGGAGUGCCAGGAAGAGCUGGAAGAACCAGUAUCCCUCGUUGGAGAUGGAGAUUUUCCGCACAAUUAUACACGACCAGAUUCUUAUAAACAUUUCGCUGCUCAAUUCAAAACCUCGUCGGUAUCUCAGGUUGCAGUCCUUCCUGAUGGGAAGGAGGAUCUGAAGCUGAAAGUAGUAAUUGGAUACAAUGGCAAUGGAAGAGGAAAUAUGGUCUGGAAUCCUGAUACAGCACUCUUUGCAUAUUCCUGUGGCUGCUUGGUGGUGAUUGAGGACUUGCAUUCUGGAUCUCAGAGACAUUUAACUGGUCACACGGAGGAGAUCUCUACUAUUGCAGUUAGCCAUGAUGCGCAGGAUCUCGCCUCGGCUUCAGGAAGUCAGGAUAAGACUGGCUGCAGUAUCUUUAUUUGGAAUAUGACAAGUGGCUGCUGUAAGAAGGUAGUCUCUCAACACAUGACUGAGGUACAAGCUAUGGCCUACUCCAGAGAUGACCGGUUCCUGAUGUCUGCUGGAGAUUACAGGGAUCUCUCAAUUGCUUUGUGGGAAACCAGGAAUUAUGAGCUGUUAACAACAGCAAGAGUAUCAAAUCCUAUUCAUGAUUUAGCAUUUGACCCAACUGCUGUCAAUGAAUUUGCCUGCGUUGGGGUAGGAGGGGUGCAUUUCUGGCUGGUCGAGCAAACUGGUAAUGAAGUACAACUCAAGGUUCACAGAGUCUCAAUCCCAGAUGAGGUGGGUGCUGAUGAACUCUCAGCAUUGUGCUAUAACAGUGAUUCAGUUCUUUAUACUGCUACCAAUACAGGGAAGAUCUGUGCAUGGGACACCCAACAGAAUAGAUGUUUCAUGGCUUGGGAUGCAGAUGAGGGGGAGAUUGGGAUAGUGCAAUGUCGAAGAUAUCGCCUGAUGACUGGCAGUAACACAAAGAAAAUCCGGCUGUGGGCAGUCGCUGCAGUGCAGGAGAUGAGACUCGAGGGCACAAGAGCAAGAUCAAGUUCAGUGCUCCUGGAACAUGAGAUGAUUCUGGAUGGGACAAUAGUUAGUGCAGUCUUUGAUGAUAUCAUGGACAUGGGUAUUGUGGGGACCACAGCAGGGACUCUGUGGUAUAUAAACUGGGCUGAAAAUACCAGCAUCCGUCUGAUCAGCGGCCACAGAAACAAGGUUAACCAAGUGAUUUUUAGCCCUGAUGAAAGUCAUUUUGCCACAUGUGCAGAGGAUGGCAGCUUAAGGGUGUGGGUCAUGCACACCACUGAACUGGUUGUUCAGUUUCAUGUUCUUAAUCAGAGCUGCUUAUGCAUGGCAUGGAGCCCAGCAGUUAACUCAAGAGAAUCUGUUGAUAAACAGCAAAUUGUGGCAGGAUAUAGUGAUGGCACAAUACGUCUCUUUGGAAUGUUGAAGACUGAGAUGAAAUUGAAGAUUCACCCCCAUCCUGUGGCAGUCAAUGCGAUUGCAUACUCCAUGGAUGGCGAGGUUGUCAUUUCAGGAGGUAAAGAUGGUCUAAUGGCUGUGAGUAGUCCUCGAACAGGAAUCACCAUUCGUGUCAUCAGUGAUCAUAAAGGUUCACCGAUUACUACAAUUGAAUGUGCACGGAAAAAAUAUGACGAAUUUGGACUUGAUGGAUGUGAAAUGUGGUUGGCUGUCAGUUCAGAUCGACGUGUUAGUGUUUGGGCUACUGAUUGGCAUAAAGACCUAUGUGAGCUCAUUGAUUGGUUGACAUUCCCAGCACCUAUUGAACCCGAGGGAUCUGACAAGAGUAGCCUCCCACCAAGCUUGGCUGCCUUCUCACCCAGUCAGAGUGGUGUAGUGGUAUAUGUGGGAUUUGGAGUGAAACCAGAGAUUAUCUUGUACAACCUCUAUAAAAAGCAGACAAUUAAAAAUAUAGCUUUGCCUCAGUGGGCUACAAGUUUGAGCCUCUCUCCAAGAGGACAGCUUAUUGCUGUUGGGACCAAUGGGAGACUUCUGAAGCUAAUUCAGAACUCAUCCGGAAAAUUUCAGGAUUUCACCGGGCAUAAUGAUACCGUUCAUUUCAGUCGAUUCACACCUUCUGGGAAAUUCCUCCUAUCCGUCGCAUACAAUGAGGUGCUGGUCUGGGAGGUCCAGAAUCUACGUAGCAAUUUCACCCAUGUACAAUAUCUCUGAGUUUCCACAGCACACUUGAAGGGGGUAUUAGCUGUAUCACUGCUGUUAUAAAUAUACCCCUUUAUCAAGCUAUCUGACAUCACAGGUUUCAUAUGGCUCUUUUUACAAUAGAGAACUCAUAAUGUAGUCCAACGUUAAUGCAGUUUUACAGUUAGCAAGAUAUCACUUUGGAAAGGGCAUCUGUUACAGUAAUGUAAAAUAUUGAUGUUUAAAUCAUUAUUAAAUUGUAUAGUUGGUGCACUGUGCACAUGAAGUUUUUAAUAAAUAGUUGCACUGAGAUUUUUUAAAUUAAGUUUAGCCAAGUAAAGUUUUAUUGCGAGAUUCUACUUAUGAAGUAACACUGAUCAUUUAAGUGAUUUUAUACAAGUGAUUUUUGUAUUUUCCAUAAAUAAAACUUUUUUUUACUGAUUUA